AUGCCUCCGUGUCCAAAGGUUGGGAUUGAGAAUGAGGACGACUACCCAUGGCCUGGACAUAAGGUUCAUUCUUCUGCACCUGUGGACCUGUCUCUUACUGAGAUUGAGUCAUCUCCUGAAGCUCACAUUUCGGCCACCAAUUUAGAAGUGGCAAAUAAUUUUGCUAAUUGUAAAUUGGAGAGAACUCAAUCGACUGACUCAUCAAUUGCUAUAGCCCCUACUAAUUUCAACAUUGGGCUGUGUUCCCAAAAAAAGGUGAAAACAAAGAAGGCAAAUGGGGAGCCUUCAAAGAAUUUAAUGGCAGAGAGAAGGAGAAGGAAAAGGCAUCAUCGUCUUUCUAUGCUUAGAUCAAUUGUUCCCAAGAUUAGCAAGAUGGACAGAACGUCAAUCCUAGGGGACACCAUCGACUACACGAAGGAGCUUAUUGAUAAAAUCAACGAUUUGCUAGAAGAAGUGGAACUAGGGCCAAAUCAGCUAAGCUUGAUGAGCAUUUUCAAGAACAAAAAGCCCAUCGAAGUGUUUGUCAAAAAUUCACCUAAGUUGAAUGUGGAAAAGAGGAAUGUGGAUACAAGGGUGGAGAUUAGUUGUGCAGGAAAAAUCUGGAACUUGGAGCAGAGAGGACAUAAUACAAAUGUAGAAGAGAUAAAGCAGGCACUAUUCAGAAAUGCUGGAUAUGCAGGAAAAUGUCUCUAG